CAGUGCACUGGGGCAGAGGGAGAAGCAGGUCAUGACGCCGCCAUAUGUUUGACCCAACGUAGCAUGCGCAGACUCUCACGGAAUCCGGUUAAACGUUAAAAACUGCAAACGCAGAGACGUAGCAGUGAUUAUGUUAGCUAUACUCCAGGAUAACAGCUUCAGUGUGUGAUUGUAGAGGCGACGUGGUACGCAUGGGGAAGUCUUACCUUUCAACUGUCGAAACAAGAUGAUAAAAAACUGGGGUGUCAUCGGCGGGAUUGCUGCUGCAAUCGCAGCUGGAGUUUACGUUCUGUGGGGUCCGAUAACUGACAGGAAGAAGAGAAAAAGAGGUAUGGUUCCUGGUCUGCUGAACCUGGGCAACACCUGCUUCCUGAACUCUUUACUUCAGGGUUUGGCGGCAUGUCCCUCCUUCAUCAGGUGGCUGGAGAAGUUUUCUGGUUCACCUGUGAUCCGGUCCUGCAAAGAUAACCAGUUGUCCUUAACGCUGCUCCAGCUUCUCAAAGCUCUGUCCAGUGAUGAGCCCGGGGACGAGGAUGUGCUUGAUGCUGGGUGCCUCCUGGAUGUCCUCAGACUGUACAGAUGGCACAUCAGUUCAUUUGAAGAGCAGGAUGCCCAUGAACUUUUUCACGUCCUAACAUCGUCUCUGGAGGAGGAGCGGGAUCGCCAGCCAAAAGUCACUCACUUCUUUGACAUGCAGGCUCUUGAGAGUCUCCCUGAUCAAGAUGUGAGAACUAUGACCUGCAGAAGUCGAGCUCCUCUUCAUCCGAUACCGAGUCCGUGGAAGUUUCAGCAUCCUUUUCACGGCCGAUUAACGAGCAACAUGUCAUGCAAGCGCUGCGAACAACAAAGUCCUGUACGGUACGACUCGUUUGAGAGCCUCUCCCUGUCCAUCCCUUUACCUCAGUGGGGUCGACCCAUCUCUCUAGAUCACUGUCUUCAGCAUUUCAUCUCCUCAGAAACCAUCAAAGAGGUGGAGUGUGAAAACUGCACCAAGCUUCAACAAGGAACCACAGUAAAUGGAGAAGUUCUGGAAAACCAGAGAACAACAUUUGUUAAACAGCUUAAACUGGGGAAGCUCCCCCAGUGCCUCUGCAUCCAUUUACAAAGACUGACGUGGUCCAGCGAAGGAACCCCCAUCAAGCGACAGGAGCACGUCCAGUUCACAGAGCAUCUAUCGAUGGAUCGCUACAAACACAACGCCUCUGCACAGAAAAUUCAGAGGCUCAAAUGUGCUCCAAAGAGCAUGAAGGCAGAAAUAUCAGAUGAAUCAAAUGAAAAGCCCAUGGCCAAUGGAACAGAUGCAGAGCAUCGUAACAACAACAACAAACCUUUUACCAACGGAACCUGUUCGUCUGUUUUCCUUCACUCUCCUGGUGUGAACCCACAGAUCGGACUUACCUAUGACUACAGUUCUUCAGAGUACCUUUUCCAGCUCAUGGCCGUGCUGGUCCACCACGGUGACAUGCACUCAGGACAUUUCGUAACGUACCGCCGCAGCCCCUCCUCGUCCCACAGCUCCACCCCCUUCAGUUCCCAGUGGCUGUGGGUGUCAGACGACUCGGUACGGAAAGCCAGUCUGCACGAGGUGCUGUCCUCCAAUGCUUACAUGCUCUUCUACGAGAGAGUGCAAAGACUGAACCUCGCUCUGAGCUCGGAGGAGUAGACCGGACACUCACGACCUCACAGCCCAACUGACUUCUGCCUUUCCAGUUAUCAUGCAGUUACCAACAGGAGGAUUGGGACUUUGUUACGACGAGACCAGAGAGGAAACACAUCCCAGCUGCACGUCCACAUCAUUGGACGUGCAGCACUUUGCCUGCUACAGUGAACUGAAGGCUCUUAAUCCCAAAGAUUACUGAUCUGCACGAUUUUUAUUAAGAUGUUUCUUUAAAACGUGACGGUUUUCAUUGUGCAACUUUUCAGCUUCUAGGGAACAAAAGAACAGGAACACCUGAAUCUGUAGUGAGUCCCAGCAUUAUACUGUGCAUUACUACAGUUCUGUAUUGCACAAUAUUGGAUUUUUGCCAAUAUCCGGCAUGCUGAUAUUCCUAAAGUUAUAUUGAUACCAGUGUAUACACACCUUUUUAAUCGUGAGAAGCACUGUCUCCUGUCCAAAGAUGGACUGAGUCAAGCAGAGCUAAGAGUGAAGUUAAUAGUCUGGUGGUUGUUUUACAUUUGAGUCUUCUUUCAAAAUGAUCAGGGCUCAUGGUGGGCCUCCAUAAGUGUGUAGCGCUCCAGACAACCACCUCUACCUGAUGAUACAUUUGUAUAUUUAAAGCCUAUUGAUGAUCAAAGCCAGUGGUUCCCAAACUUUUUUUGUCAGGCUCCCCUUUAGCUGAUGACAAUAUUUUCGCCCCACCCCCAUCCCUCCCUAUGUAUCAAAUUGUAAAAUCAUGUAAAUGCACGGCAAACACACUGGCAUUUACAGCUUUUGCACACAAAUUCCUCUUUUUUUUUUAGAAUUUACCACAACAUAAAACCUUAAAAAACUGAGUUUUAAAAUUCUGACUCUCUGAAGAUGAACAGUAAAUACAAACUUAACAAACAUCUUUAAUAUUUCUUAGUCCUGCAGUAAUUUCAGUGACUUCAUGGGCUUUUUUGUUUACAGAUCUCUUGAGUCUUGGGUGCGGCGGCUAGUGACAAUCUUAGCCCAUUUUCAGUGUCCAGCUUUGAUUUGUUUUUUUGUCUUAAUUGCAGCAACAGCUUAAAAAACAGAUCUCUCACACAGGUUGGAUGUUGCAAAAGGGAGAGUGUGGCCAAGGCUCUAAAUGACAUUGUUGAAUCAAAGGUGACAUCAAUGAACUGCUCCUAUUUUGUAGUGCUGAAGUCAUCAGCUUGUGUUGCUUAGCUUUGUCUUGCCGUGCCUCCCCUAUAAUGGCCUUGCGCCCCCCUGGGGGGGCCCCCGGCCCACUUUGGGAACCACUGAUCUAAACCCUUGGUUCCCAACUUGAGGUCUGGGACCCCCUUGGGGGAUAUGUGAAGGGGGAGCUCACUGUAAAAAAGUUUGGGAACCAGUGAUUUAAACUGCUGAUAUCUACAGCUGAUAAAUCCACUGCAUAUAUCAGCAGGAAAUUUUAUAUCUGCUGAUAUUGAUAACUAACUUUUUAAGCUACCUAUGGAUACCAAUAUCAUGUCAAUAAUAUUGUGCAUCCCUAAUUAUCAUCAAAAAGCCCAAUUCAGACCAAAGAUUAAAGAGACAAUGGGGCCACUUUAGUGUAGCAGGGGACAGUUGCAGCAAUGUAAUCAAGCUGUUGCAGCUCAAGUUGGGUUAGCUGAUGAUGUUUCCUGUCGAACCAUUUACAGCUGGUUUUACGAUGCAAGAAAGGUCAUGUGUAUCAGCGGCCAGUCAGGACCUUGAAGUGUGGAGAGGAAGAAUCAGCUGGUCACAACAACAUCAUCGCUGGGAGACACUCAUGCAUGCUGUGGUACAGUGGCUCAGCAACAGUCUGAACAGAGGAAUUAUUUUAGGACGUGGUCUAGAUCAGUGGUUCCCAAAGUGGGGUCGGGACCAAACUAACUUAAAUAAGUAAAACUAAAAUUCAAAAAUUAUUUUAGUAAACUGAAACUAAAUAACAACUAAGCUUUACCCCAA